CUGCAGAACCUCCUCUUCCCUCUCUGUCUCUCUGCCGACCACCACGACUUCAGCUUCUUUCUUCCCAUUCAUGCGCGAGCCCGAGUUCUGUGAUCUUUUCAAUCGCCGUCUGUUUCAUUCAGAGCAUCUUGCCUCCGCGCAUUCUUCAGAAGAAUACACGACACGCCUCGACUUUUCGCAAACACUUUCUCAUCGGAUAGGUCGCGCCUUUCUUGAGCUGUAGCGCACGAGCGCGCAUUCUGCUUAGCUGAGCAUCGAGACGCCCAUCGAGAUGUCUUUUGGGGGGUUUGGCAACGCCGGGUCCACCUUCGGCAGCGGAGGUGGCUUCGGAAGCACAACCACUGGCGGUGGCUUUGGGUCGACUGGGACGACAACAUCGGGCGGCGGUCUUUUUGGCUCAGGGAACAACACAGCUACUGCCGGGGGUUUUGGCAGUGGCGGAGGCUUCGGCAGUACACCCAACAACGCUGGCGGCAGCCUCUUCGGCGGCGGAGCGAGCACGACUGGCGGCUUCGGAAGCACCGCUGGUGGUUUCGGAGCCGGGAACACUACAAGCAGCGGGUUCGGUGCGAACAACGCGUCUGCUGGAGGUCUUUUCGGCAGUAAGCCAGCGGCGACAACAGGUGGUUUUGGCUCAACCAACACUGGCUCGAUCUUUGGCGGUGGUGCCAACAACACCACCACAGGCUUCGGCUCGAACAACACAUCAACGCCAGCUUUUGGCGGUGGUGCGACAGCAGGUACCAGCUUCGGCGGAUCGAACACGAAUACCACGGCGGGUGGAUUUGGGAGUGGUUUCGGUGCGAACACUACCGCACAAACCAAUAAUGGCACUGGUGGCACACCCUUCCAAGCGUUCCAGGAGAAAGACGGGGCAACCAGUCAGACGUCACAUUACCAGUCGCUUACAUUCCAGCAACCAUAUCAAAACAAGAGCUUUGAAGAGUUGAGAGUGGAAGACUAUCUCCAAGGAAGAAGAUACGGCACCAGCAACGGCCAAGCUGGAAGCUUUGGCACAAGCACUGGAUUUGGUGGUAGCUUGUUUGGAGGGAACAACAACACUACACAGGCCAGUGGUAGCUCGCUGUUCGGCGGGGCCAACACGACGACUGCGAACACUUCUACAGGGUUCGGCGGAUUUGGUAGCAACAACAAUACUGCACAGCCUGCUACCACUGGAUUUGGAGCCACCAACACUGGCGGAGGCCUGUUUGGGACUCAGCAAAACAAGCCUGCUGGCGGACUGUUUGGUUCAACACCCGCCGCAACCACUGGCGGGUUUGGCAGCACGAACACCAACACUGGGGGAGGCUUGUUUGGAACCAACAACACCUCUACGACUAGUGGUUUCGGCGCCAAUAACACGGCGAACACUGGCGGCGGUCUCUUCGGCUCGCAGACUAACAAUACUGCAGCUAAACCAGCUUUUGGCGGAUUUGGCCAAACAGGAACUACGACUGGGUUUGGUGCAAAUACGAACACCAACACUGGCGGUGGACUUUUUGGCACUAGCACGAAUACCAAUACAAGUACCGGCGGUGGCUUGUUCGGCUCCAACAACAAUAACAACAACAACACACAACAGCAGAGUAGCAACCUGUUCGGUGGCAGCACCAAUACAGGAGGUGGCUUGUUUGGGUCCAACAACAACCAGGCGAAACCUGCCACGGGUGGUCUGUUUGGCAGCACUCCUGCAGCGAGCAACACCAGUGGAGGUCUGUUUGGCAAUAACAAUAAUACCCAGCAGCAGUCUGGUGGUCUCUUCGGGUCCCAGCCGUCCAACAACACUGGUGGAGGCCUUUUCGGCAACAACAACCAAAACAAGCCGACAACAGGAGGUCUGUUUGGGAGCGCGCCCGCGAAUAAUAACACCGGUGGCGGGCUGUUUGGCAACAGCACUAAUACGAACACCAAUACUGGAGGCGGCCUUUUCGGCUCUACCAACAACAGUAACAACAACGCUGGCAGCGGCUCCUUGUUCGGAAACAACAACAAACCAGGCGGCGGACUGUUUGGAGGAUCCACCACGAACAACAACUCAGGCGGCCUCUUUGGCGGUGGUCUCGGCGGCAACAAUCAGCAGCAGGCAUCUGGUGGCAGCAGCUUAUUCGGUUCCACAAAUCAACAGAGCAAUACCAACGGCAAUUCCAUGUUUGGUAGCAUGAACCAGAGCAGCAACCAGAAUCAGCCCAACCAACUUACUGCGAGUCUGACGAUUUCGCCGUAUGGGAACGAUCAGCUAUUCAGCUCCCUGGGACACUCGUCUGCUCCCGUCGGACCGCUUGCAACGCCAUUGACUGGAGCGCGUCCUACCCCGGCAAAAACUCCAAGCUUGCUCUCAAGCAGCAGGCUAAACUCUCCCAUCUAUACACCACGAGCAAGCACUGCUGGCCGACCCGGAGGAUACGGAUUUUCCUACUCAGCCUAUGGCACUCCAGGCUCUGCCUACUCUGUGAGCCUCACUCCGCAGGCUAGUAGCUUGUUGAGGCCGACUGGCAGCUUGGGUAGUGCUCUGACCAGCAGACUUGCCAAGAGCAUGUCUAUGAACAACCUGCGUGGCGACACUCCAUCCAGAGACGGUGAUAGCUUGCUUCGGCCUACCCCAGGGAGUGCUUCUAGCCGCUACCUAAACUCGGGUAGCAUGCGCAAGCUGACUAUUGACCGGAGCCUGCGUACGGAUCUCUUUUCCCCACCAACCUCCUCCAAUCUGCAGCGGAUAGAGAACGCUACAGAUCAGCAUAGCCCUGGACUGGCAAAGAAGGUCAGCUUUGACAAAUCUGCUGCUCCGAGCGCUCGUCAGACUGAUGCCACACCAAACUCUGGUAAUGCACUUGUCCGAACUGAAGCUGAGGACGACGAUUCGCCUCGCGUGACUCGGGCACAUACCAGGGCCAACGGUGCCCCGGAGAUGGAGCAGGUCAAUGGUAGCAAGUCGCUCACUGAUAUUCCCGAAGAUGCUGAGCCACAGCGCCCUGCGUCCGCGCCAGCCACCAAGAAGCCCAUGGAGAAGGUCGGAAAGCCUGACUACGGUGACUAUUGGACCGAACCUAAGGUCAGGGACCUGAAGAACAUGUCUCGCACCCAAUUGUCCAAGCUGAAGAUGUUCACUGUUGGCCGUCAUGGUGUUGGCAAGAUUGAGUUCAGGAACGAUGGCAAAGGUAUCGAUUUGUCAAACAUUGACCUCGACAGGCUUUUCGAUCCAAACGAUAUGGAUGUGGCUGAUGGGCCCGAUGCCAAGGGUCUUGUAUGCCUGAAGCCCCGCAAGGCCACAGUGUACCCCAAUGCAUCAGAGAAGCCUGUCCGAGGCCAGGCUUUGAAUGUGCCUAGCAGGAUUUACUUGGAGCAGUCUUGGCCACGAAAGGACAACGGCAAAACCAUCGUGAAAGACACAUCUGGCGCCAGACUCGACAAACACGUGAAGCGCUUGCACAAGAUCGUGGGCACCACGUUCGUGGACUAUGAUGCAAAUACUGCUACUUGGAUAUUUGACGUCCCACAUUACACCACCUACGCAUUGGACGAUGACGACGAGAGCGACAUGGAGGAUGUACAGGAGGUUUCUAGCGAGCUGAGCGAGCCGCCAACAAUGCUCCAGCAUGAACAGCCAGAUGACACCAUGCAGAGCAUUGAAUCCAUGAACAACGGUGAAGUUGACGACACCUUCGAAUUCAAGCUCAAUCGAUCGAAGUCUAGCUUUCGCAGCUCGCACAUUCCCGGGGGCUUCGAUGGUCAUUUGAUUCAAAAUGCGGGCUUUGAAGAGGACAACUCGCUAGCGAAUCAGGAUCAGGACAUGGAUGAGCUCCAUCAGAUGUCUGGAGGCCUUGGUGAGCGAGAUGGAGAAGAAGAAGAUCUGUUCGCUGAACAAGGUGGUGCUGUGCAGGCACCUUCACCUGGUGCAUAUGAGCGCUAUGGUUCCAGUAUGGCACUGGACAAUACGGGCGCAGAGAUCGUUGCUGAACUCGCGCAGGCCGACUCUGAAACCGAAGACGAGCCGCCACUUCCCGGCUCUUUCAGUGUUGAAGAACCAAAGAUACUGCGAUCUAUCUUGAAGCCCACAGCACCUGCGUUUCGAACUUUCGCAAGUCCCGCAAAGCUUGCCAACGACACCUGGGAAGAACAACUGCAGCGCACGUUGAGCCCACGGAAGCGUGACCGCCAGGCAUUGAAAGGCUUGCAGCAGAGCUUACUUCGAGGCGAGAGUGACGAUAUUGGAGAAAGUCCUUUCAAGCGCAGCAUGCUUGGACAAAGUGCGUAUGGACAAAGUGCACUCGGGCAGAGCUAUCUUGCUCAGAAGAGCGCCAAGAAGGUCGGCUUCGGUAGUGUGCUGGGCGGCAAGGAGGACCUCAACAAGAGUCAAGCAUUCCGGACAAGCAUGGACUUGAUGAACGCGCUGUGGCAACAGGAGAAGUCAAGCACGAGAGGCGCUGGGACAAAAGGCUUUGAGAACCCUUAUCCGAAGACAACUCGCUUUUCUGCUGCCGAGGAAUCCGACGAGAAGAACGCGGCGUUCCACCACGACAGUAUGAAGCCGCAUUUUGCGGCCAACGGCGUCUUCCUGUACGCUGUCCCUGCAUCGACCCGCGGCGUCGACAACCCCCUUGAGCCCGCUCUGCGCCCGCUGGGUGGUGAGCACAAAGAAGUCCGAUUUGCGAGAUUUGCCCCGAAUACAGAUCUGAACCCAGAGACGCUAUCACUGCAAAAGGCGGCUACUAUCAUCGACAUUACUGAUGGCUUCCCCGCUGCACAUUCCGACUCUGUGCGAUUAAACUUUGCUCAGCUUGCCGAGAAAUCCUUCGACUCCGAAUCAGCUAUUUGGCAGCUCUGCAAUAUUCUGUUUGAACCGGUGAGGACUGGGGCUGAAUAUCUGACGGGAGGCAUGUCAGAUGAUCAGAUCUUGGCCUUCGAGCCAAGGUUGCGCAAAGAUGCAGUCAAGCAAUUCUGGGUGGGUAUCGUACAUGCCAGUGGCGAUCAAGCCUUAGUCACCAAGUCUGCUGAGGAGAAAGCGUUGCUUUUUCUAGCGCGUGGGGAUAAAGAUGCGGCUGCAAAAGUUCUUGUCGAGGCCAAGAAUUUUCGUCUGGCUGCGCUCAUCGCUCAGCUACCUGGGUCACAGAAUAGUCGCGAGCUCAUGGCAAAGCAGAUCGAUGCUUGGAGGACUCGCAAUGACUGGAGCGAGAUGUCGGAUGCAAUCCGCGCUCUGUAUUCGAUCCUGGCAGGCGAAGUCUGCGUUGUACAGGGCAAGAAUGGCGCGAAGGAAGACCGCGUCAGCAGCUUCAUCAUCUCGGAGCGGUUCGAUCUAAACUGGAUGCAAUGCCUACUACUGCGCUUGUUCUUCGCUGGUCACGACACUAUUGAAGAGGUCGUGAAAGUAUAUGUUGAAGAUCUCAGCAAUGGUAGGGAGGUGACCUUGCCAACGCCAUUCUGGACAGCUCCUGGAACGUCAGAGGAAAUGAUCGCAGGCCGUGAAGACACUCUCUUCGGACUGUUCCGCCUCUACUCGACCACGCGUGCAUAUCCUGCCAAUCUCGAAGCUCUAUUCGAUUCUCACACUGUGUCAGGCUCGCCCGUCAAUUCGCGUCUGGCGUGGCAGCUAGCCACCAUACUGAAUGCGAAAGGUUGGACGGACCAUAUCGAUCAUGUCACGCUCGACCGGCUCACUCUCGACUUCGCCGCCGAACUUGAGAACACCAACAAAUUUGUCACGGCGAGCUGGGUCCUUCUCCAUCUGACGGACGCCAAAACGAGAGAACACAUGAUCAAAGGACUCCUUUUCCGCAACGGCGCCAAGAUCCCCGACCCUUAUGCUGACAACGAAUCCAGUGGAAUGAACGUUUUUCACCACCUGAGCCAGGACAACAAAAUACCCGAAGAACUGCUCUAUGAGGCCAAGGCUCUUCACGCCAAAGGCGGACUACAGCGCCCUGCUCUUGAAGCUCGAUAUCUGCUCAAUGCCGGACUCUUCGACGAAGCUCACAAUGUGCUCCUGACAACCAUCGGCCCUGCUGCCGUCAUCGAAGAAGAGUAUGAUGAGCUUAUUGAUAUUCUCUCUCAAUUCCCCGAAGAUGGGAGUGGUGUGCAAGGGUGGCAAAGUGGCGGCGCUGUCUACAAUGACUUUGCACUACUCGUUACUAUGAACUCGGGACGAAAGUCCAAAGCCCAGGGAAAACAAACUAUGCAGCGGCUGAAGGAAGGACUGCAAGCCAUGGCUCAGGCUGAGGCAAAGAAGACGUUGGAAGAGCAAGUCGCAAUGAUCGAGAUGGGGCGUAUCCUGGACGAAGAAGCGAGCGUACUGGAAUUGAAGGAUGUUGUUGGCACUGUUGUAGGCACGAGGGGAAAGGUCGAGGGCCUGUUUGAGAAGUAUCAGGCAGCCAUGAGUGUUGUCGUGUAGAGAUGAUCACCACGGCACGUAUUGACGAAGCCAUGAGUCAGUCAUGCCUUGCGUAUGACUGCAGCAGGCAUUGUCGAUGAAACUGGCGGCAUAUUGCAGUAUUGUAGUCAACGCAAUCACGCAUGCCAGCCCCUUUUGGCGUUAA